UGAGGUCCGACUGUCCGAAAGACAUAUUAUAUUACAAAUUACAAUAUUCAAUUUUCGACUUUUUCGUAAAGUAAUAAAUUAAGCACUAAGACACUCCUAGAGUCUUAGGAAUAAAAUAUAAAUCAAAUAGUGUAUAGAUAAAAGUAAAUUCACAAUAUCUUCAGAAAUUACAUGCAUGCUAUGUGAUGUCCGGUCUAAAUCAUGUACAAAGAGUUCGUUUGUUGUACAAAACUAUUUUAAGGUUACACCGUGGUUUACCAAAUGAAUUACAAGAAUUAGGUCAAACAUAUGUUCGUGAUGAAUUUCGCAGACAUAAAAACUGUAACCCUAAAGAAGCUGGAAUAUUUAUGUUGGAAUGGAGCAAAUACACAUUAACACUAUCAGAGCAGCUGUUAAAAAAUGCAAAAUCAGAUAUUGGUUUUGGUAAAAAUAUUGAUACACAAGAUGGUGUAUUAGACUCUUUCACAGAUGAUCAAAUUGUACAACUUUAUAAUUUAUUUAAAGAAACAACGGGAAACCAGGAUGAAACAAUUGAAUCUGAGCUUUCUAAAUAAUUUAAUUAGGCAAUAAAGAUUAUACCUAUAAAGGGUAAAGAAAUAUAUAUUUAUGUUACCAUUUACUUUAUAACUUUGUUAGUUGAUUUUAAAUAGAAUAUUAUUGAUACUAC